AAUGGCUGCUGAAAUUAAGAUCGAGGUGGCCUCUAGAGAAACCAUCAAGCCAUCCUCUCCUACUCCGGAGGAGGUAAAUGGAACCGUCAAGCUCUCGCUCAGCGAUCAGCUCUGUCCGGUCCUUUACGUGACUGCACUCCUCUUCUACCCUGGCGAAGGUGAGGGUGACGAUAAUGUCCGGGCACAACUUGUAGCCGAUAAGUCCUGGAGGCUGAAGUCAUCCCUGUCCAAUGUUCUGACCCGCUACUUCCCGCUUGCCGGGAGGAUCAGGGAUAACUUCUGGAUCGACUGUAAUGAUGAAGGUGCUGCUUACAUUGAAGCCGAGGUCAACUGUGCUCUCGGGGACGUACUAGGAAAGCCCGACCCUGCGGUCCUGAAGAGGCUCUUCCCGGUCAAUAUGGAGUCUACUGAAGCGGCUUCCGGGCUUCUCUUGCUCAUGCAAGCGAAUUUCUUCAAAUGUGGUGGGCUGGCAAUUGGGAUUGCCAUUUCCCACAAGCUAUGUGACGCUUCGACUAUGAGCUCAUUCAUUAAGGCAUGGACCGGGAUGGCCCGUGGGUCCGUCGAAGUCCUAGCCCCUGACUUUGCUAUCUCAUCCCUCAUCCCGCCAUUAAAACAUCUGGUUGACAACCUUCCCGUGGCAGAACUACCAAAGGGGCUAUGCGUCACGCGGAGGUAUGUGUUUGAUUCCUCAAGGAUUGCUGCACUGAAGGCAAGGGCCACCAGAUGCAAUGAGGAUGCUCCGGAGCCCAGUAGGGUGGAGGCUGUGUCGGCCUUGAUAUGGAAAUGCGCGGGGAAUGCGUCCCGAAGAAACCUGGGUGCACCAUCGAGGCGGACUGUGCUGUCCCAGGCGGUCAACUUGCGCAAGAGGCUCAUGUCACCGCUCCCCGAACACUCCAUAGGGAACUUCCUGGGGUCGGUCCACACUCCAAACGACGAUCCCGAAGCCGAGCUUCAUUCUCUGGUGAACAACCUGAGGGCGUACAUGAAAGAUUAUUUGGAAACCUACCCGAUUAGGCUAGAGCAGGGUCAAGAGAAUGCAAUGAAAGCGAUCUUUGAAGCCGCCGGCAAAUUCGGAAGCCUAAUGAACGAUGAGAGCAUAGAUUUUUACAACUGUAGUAGUUGGUGCAACCUCCAGUUCUACGAGGCUGACUUCGGUUGGGGAAACCCAAUCUGGAUGAGCCUAGACAGUACAGAAUUCAAGAACUCCGUGGUGCUGCUCGAUGCUAGAGAUGGCGAGGGCAUCGAGGUGUGGUUGACCUUGAGAAUACCGGACAUGGCCGAGCUCGAUCAUGAUAAGGAGCUGCUGGAAUUUGCUUCGCUGAACCCAAGCGUCACUUGGUAAUUAACUAAAUGGGUCAAAUGUACAUCGUCAGAUCAAUCAUGUAUAUGUUGUUUCAUGUGUGCUUUGUCGAAUCAACUAUGCGUUUUUUUUUUUGCUGAAGUAUCUUUCUUUAAUUGUGCCACAUUGAAUUUAAUUUGUUUAUAUAUGUGUUUUGUUGAUAUUGGGCUGUGUAAUGCUGUAUAGAUCAGUAAAAUAUAGCCUUGCAGUUAUAUAUGUUGCUUAGAUGCUCCCUCAUCCCACGGACUUAUAUAUUUGAUUUCUCUAUCUGAUCUGAUGUUUGAACAACAUACGACAGAAAUGUACGUAUAGUUUUUUUUUUUUUU